ACUUAGCAUUCCUUUCCAUCCUUGGUGUUUUUGGUGUUAUUUGUGUUUCUGAGUGUUUUGUGAAAAUUAAAAAAAUUAAAAUAUUUAAUGAAAGAAACAAGUAAAUAAAUAUGACUGAUUUUGAAAGUGUGCCGUGUCAAAGGAUCUGCACACAUUUAUAUUGGAGAGAGUGAGAGUGAGGGUAAAAAUACACACCCCAUGACGACUUGGUGAUAGCCAAUGAAAGAACUCAAAUAGAAGAGAGAUGUUCAGCGACGGCGAAUUCAAAUUGUGCUAAUCAGAACGGACAUACAUACAUAUAUAUGCCAAUACAAUAUAAUGAACUCUGAGGACUCUCACUAGAAAACAUAAUUAACCGUUAAUAACCUGUGCGAUUGAGAAAUGACAUUGUUUUAGCUAAAUUAAGAUCGUUACAAAAUAAUUAGUGAAAAAACUAUAAUUUAUACAAAAGUUACAAUUUAAAGAAAAACUAAAACCAAAAGUGUCCUAAAAGCAAAGCUGUAAAUUUCACAAAAAAAACUAAGACUUUUACAAGUGAAUUAAAAAUCCAAAGCAAAAAAAUUUACUACGAGACUUUUGCACACAAAAAAAGUACAAAUGGAGAAGGAUCCGCAGAAGCUGCAAGCGCUAAUUGAUAUCGCAAAAGUGAAUAUGGAUAAACGCUACAACAAUCCAUCAUCACCACCCUCAAGGAUUCUCUACAAUAUCGCAUGCGAAGUUUGCCGUGAUCACAGUUCUGGUAAACAUUACGGAGUUUUCGCCUGCGAUGGUUGCGCUGGAUUCUUCAAACGUUCCGUACGCCGUGCGCGUCAAUAUGUAUGCAGAGCUAAAAAUGGUGGAUCCUGUAUUGUCAAUAAGACAAAGCGCACUCAAUGCCGCGCCUGCCGUUUGCGCAAAUGUUUAGAUGCUGGUAUGAAUAAGGACUCCGUACAACAUGAACGUGGAACACGCAGCGCAACAAUGCGUAAAUAUGCUGAAAUCUAUAAAGAUGUAUUCGGCUCGCAGGAGAUGCCACCGGAAUAUUUGUAUGAAACAGGCCAGAUGCCGUUUCAUCCUAUGUUCAAGGGACCAAUCCUGACACCAUUACCGCCACCACCAGGAGCAACGGCACCAGAAGUAGCGGCACCCGGAGCAACAGCAACAUCAGCCGAGCUAGAAGUGGCAGGAGCAGUAGUACCACCGACGUUAGCAUCACUACCCGUCCCAGUUCCGGCACCAGUUCCAUUGGCACACAUGCCACCACAUUUGGUACCACAACACCUGCAGCAUUUCCAACAAGCACAACUUGCUGCCUUACAUCUCCAAAAUCCACAUGUACAACAGUUCCAUCGCAGCCAUCCAUAUGCCCAACAUGCGGAGGCACAAGCACAAGUCCAUGCCCUGGCACAGGCGCAGGUACAGGCGCAGCCCCAGGCAAUGGCAAUGGCAACUGCCCAGACGCAAGCAAAUGGCCAAGCGCCAACUCAGCAUCAACAACAACCUCAUCAUUUGCUCCCUAAUCCAUUUGAUACCCAAGCGGUUUUGAAUUUAACAAUGGCUGCAAGUGUUGCUCAACACGGCUUUCAUCCCUUCAAUUUCUUCGCACCCAAUCCGGGUUUUCCUGGCGUGCGCGCACUGCCACCAACACCACCGCUGAUGCUUAAUGAGAAUAUUAAAGAGGUAGCUGCGGAGCAACUCUUCAAGAACGUUAGCUGGAUUAGAAGCAUAAACGCAUUCCAGGAGCUAUCGUUGAAUGAUCAAGUCCAAUUGCUGGAGAAUUCGUGGAAGGAGUUCUUCGUACUGAGUAUUGCUCAGUAUUUGCUGCCAAUCAAUUUCCAACAUCUAGUCUUCGUCUACGAGACAGGCCAUCCGGGUUGCGAAAUGGUGAAUGUGGUCAAAGCUGAUGUGCUACACCUGCAGGAUGUAUUGAACAAAAUCUGUCACAUGAAUAUGGAUUGCAAUGAAUUCGAUUGUUUACGUGCACUAUCGCUUUUCCGCAACCCAGCCGCUCAGAGUGAGGAUUCGGAAAAUAACUCUUCCGGUACGGGUGACAGCAGCCAGAAUUCGAGUACAUCGGACGAGUCGCGAGGUCUCGAUGAGUCGGCAAAGAUAUGUAAUCUCUAUGAGAAUGUUCGGAAAACACUGCAAAUCUACGUUUCUACUACAUAUCCGACGCAAGUGUCACGUGUCCAAGUAUUGGAGAGCUUGGUGCCGCUACUCAGCGAUGUGUCGACGUUCAUGCUCGAAGAAUUGUUUUUCCGCAAGACAAUCGGUGAGGCCAAUAUCGGUUGCGUGCUCGCGGAUUUUUUUCGUAAAAAUAAGAUAUAAUGGACACGCAUCAUCCCUAGCUGGGACUAUCGUGCUAAUAUUAAUAUAUUUAUUUAUAAAAAUAUAUAUAUAUAUAUAUAUCCUCGUUUAGGCGUUCGUUUUGCGCCAACGCACACUCUUAGUGCCUUUUCACUAUUCAAAUAGUGCCGGAGACUGUGAUAAGCUUCGCAUACGUUGAUUUGUAUGCGCAACAACAGUGCCUUUAAAUUUAUAUUUACACAUAUGCACAUAUAGAAAGUGGUAAGGAGUUCGUUUCUCGCCAAGAAAAAAAUGGCUUUCGUUAUUUCACUAAAAUUGUGAAUUCGAAUUAAAAAAAAUUUUAUAUAAAAAA